AUGUCCGGCUUUGACGCGAACAAUGUCUACAAUGUCUCCGUUCAUGACCCGCCACCACCGACCGCGCCAGAGUCGGCUUCUGAGACGGAGAAGCUGCUAUUGGACUUUUUGCUGCAGUAUCGCGUGGGAGGAGAAUUCAUCUAUAGAGACAUGCUUCGCGGAAAUCUCCUUCUGAAGCAGAAUGUUCUGGAGGUUGACCUUAGGCACGUCAGCCUCUACAAUGACGAGCUGGCACACGCGAUUCAGGAUAGACCAGCGGAUGUCUUGCCACUAUUUGAAAAUGCUGCUACUCGCGCCGCCAAAACCAUCCUCUAUCCCCUCGCUGGCACUGAUGAAGCCGUCAAUGCAGUCGCCGAAUCCAUUGACAAAGUCCAGAUAACUCUCCGCUCGGGCCUCAAUCUUCUCCAAUUCCGUGAUCUUACCGCUAAUACUAUUAACAAACUCGUAAGGGUCCCAGGAAUAGUCAUUUCAGCAUCUGUCCUUUCAUCCAGAGCGACGAAGCUACACAUCCAGUGUCGCGCAUGUCGUUCUGUAAAGACGAUAUACCCACCAGGAGGAAUUGGAGGCCUUGGGUACGGAACAGGAUCUGGAUUGCCUCGGAGGUGCGAAGAGCCUCCACUCGACGGACAGAAGAAAGACUGCCCAUUGGAUCCAUAUCUCAUCAUCCACUCAAAGUCUACCUUUGCUGAUCAGCAGACACUGAAACUUCAAGAGGCGCCGGACAUGGUACCCGUGGGUGACCUACCGAAGCAUAUGCUCCUCUCUGCGGACAGAUAUCUGACGGGGCAAGUUGUGCCGGGCUCGAGAGUCAUUGUAACCGGCAUAUAUUCGACCUUCCAAGCUGCACGGGAUAAAUCUGCCGGUGCCGCAGCUACUCGCAAGCCAUACCUCCGCGUCGUCCACCUCGAAAUGUCCUCCCCUUCUGCCGCUGGUUCAGGUGGUUCCAACCCGUUUGGUGUACAAUUCACCCCAGAGGAGGAAGAGGAAUUCAAUGAAAUGGCGCGGAGUGAAGGUUUCUAUGAACGAUUUGCUAAGAGCGUUGGACCCAGUAUCUAUGGGAGUCUUGACAUCAAGAAAGCUAUUACUUGCCUCUUAUUCGGAGGAUCGAAGAAAGUCCUACCUGAUGGCAUGCGCCUUCGUGGCGAUAUAAACGUCUUGCUUCUCGGUGAUCCUGGUACGGCAAAGAGUCAACUGCUCAAGUUCGUAGAAAAGGUGGCACCCAUCGCUGUGUACACAUCUGGAAAGGGCUCUAGUGCUGCUGGUCUGACGGCGUCAGUACAACGAGAUACAGUUUCGAGGGAAUUUUAUCUUGAAGGAGGUGCCAUGGUUCUUGCUGACACAGGCGUUGUGUGUAUAGACGAGUUUGACAAGAUGCGGGACGAAGAUCGCGUUGCAAUUCACGAAGCCAUGGAGCAGCAAACAAUAUCUAUUGCCAAGGCGGGAAUCAUCACGGUACUAAACACGCGUACCAGUGUCCUUGCGGCGGCUAAUCCAGUCUUUGGUCGCUAUGACGAAGGACGGAGUCCUGGCGAGAACAUUGAUUUUCAAACUACCAUCCUUUCUCGAUUCGAUAUGAUCUUUAUCGUGAAGGACGAGCAUGACGAGACACGAGAUAAGACGAUCGCUAAACACGUCCUGAAUGUUCAUAUGAACAGACCUAACCAGCUCACGGACGAGAAUGGUGAAGGAGAAUUACCUUUGGACAAAAUGAAACGAUAUAUUGCCUACUGCAAACAGAAAUGCGCACCCCGACUAUCUCCCGAAGCCCAAGAGAUGCUCAGCAGUCAUUUUGUUAGUCUACGGAAACAGGUCCAGCAGGUGGAGCAGGAUAAUGACGAGCGAAGCUCAAUACCUAUCACCGUUCGUCAACUCGAAGCAAUAAUCCGUAUAUCGGAGUCUUUGGCGAAGAUGACGCUCGCACCUGUUGUGCAGAACCAUCACGUAGAGGAGGCUAUCCGUCUGUUCAAGUUUUCCACCAUGGACGCUGUAUCAGCAGGUUCUGCCGAUGGCCUUUCGCGAGGAGGUCUGAAUGAAGAGAUGACGCGCAUAGAGAAGGAGCUGAGGAGACGUCUACCCGUCGGGUGGCGAACUAGCUAUCAGAGUCUCAUCAAGGAGUUCGUCACGCAGCAAGGGUACUCUAGCCAUGCACUCGAGAGGACGUUGUAUAUCCUAGAAAAGCGUGAGGUGAUUCGGUUUUCCGGACAGAAAAAGGUUGUCCAUAGAGUCGGAGUGUAACCUACUCCCUGCAGCUUCACCAGAUCAGAUGUAUGGUUAAUUUAUUUCUUGUGUACUGUUUAUGUUGUCUGUAUCGCACUGCUGUCAUUAAUUGACAUGGCCCUCUAUGGAACAAGGUCCCAGUCAUUUAUAUGGUCUACUCAGGUGAUGUGAUGGUGGCCACUGUUGAUCAGAGGCACCAACGAGAAAUGCACUGGCACUGAGGCCUUGUGAGC